AUGUAUUUAUAUCUUAUAGUUUUAUUAUCCAUAUUUACAAAAAUUAAUUACACAUUAGUCAUUAAACAUAAAUCGAAUAUAUUCAAUCAUAUACAUUUCCUUAAUACACAUAUACCAAGAAAACAAUUUAACAAUAUAAUAUAUUUAACAAAAAAAGAAACUCCUCGUCAUGAAAUAUAUAGAAAACGAUUUGAAAAAGAAAUAAAAAAUGCAUUACAAUCAAUAAUAUAUAAAAAAGGAAUAAAGUUUAAUUACAAAUAUCAUAUUGAUGAAGAUAUAAUAGAAGGCAUAACCAUUCAUAAUGUCCAACUGAGUUCUGAUUGUUCUGUGGCUAAAGUUAUUAUCGAAAUAAUGGGAGAUUCUGUUGAUUCAAAACAAGGAUACAUAUGGAUAAAGAAAAAUUGCAAACACAUUCGUUACAAAUUAGCCGAACUUAUUAAACACAGGAAAAGAGUUCCCUUUUUAAAUUUUGUUUUAAGUAAUUUAAGUGAACAAACCCAAUUAUUUUGUGAAAUUGAAAAUAUAAGGGAAUAUUAUGGCGAUAUGUUUAAGGACGAAUUAAAUAACUAA